ACUCAGCGGGCUCCCAGGGAAAAGCAAGAGUGUCCUGAGCCUGAGGCCGCGGCGACAGAGCCAGGCGAAGGAACCUGUGUGCCCCUCUCCCCGCCAGCCCUUCUUCGAGGGCGGAUGUGCGCCAGGCCAGAGAAGGCGGCGGCGGGCCGAGAGGAAUCCAGCUCGGCCCCGCAGGCCUCCGGCCACAGCCAUGCGACGCCCGGGGCGAGGCCUGGACUGGUCGCCCGGGCCACAGGAGCUCCGGAGCCCCAGGACCAUGGACACCCUCAACAAGAACCAGGGGGUCCCUGGAUGCAAGACCCAAGCUGUGGUGCAGAAAGGACCCCUGGACCUGAUUGAAACGGGCAAAGGGCUGAAAGUGCAAACGGACAAACCCCACCUGGUGAGCUUGGGCAGCGGGCGGCUCAGCACGGCCAUCACCCUUCUGCCUCUGGAGGAAGGGAGGACGGUGAUUGGCUCUGCAGCUAGGGACAUCUCACUGCAGGGUCCAGGCCUGGCACCAGAGCACUGCUACAUCGAGAACCGACGGGGCACCCUCACCCUCUACCCCUGUGGCAAUGCCUGCACAAUUGAUGGGCUCCCCGUCCGGCAGCCCACUCGGCUCACUCAGGGCUGCAUGUUGUGCCUGGGUCAGUCCACCUUCCUCCGCUUUAACCACCCUGCUGAAGCCAAGUGGAUGAAGAGCAUGAUUCCUGCAGGGGGCAGGGCCCCUGGCCCCCACUACAGCCCUGGCUCAGCAGAAUCAGAAAGCCUGGUGAAUGGGAAUCAUACCCCACAGCCUGCCACCCGGGGACCCUCAGCCUGUGCCAGCCACAGUUCCCUGGUGAGCUCUAUUGAGAAAGACCUGCAGGAAAUCAUGGAUUCACUGGUGCUAGAGGAGCCUGGAGCUGCAGGCAAGAAGCCUGCUGCAACUUCCCCGCUCUCUCCGAUGGCCAAUGGUGGGCGCUACCUGCUGUCCCCCCCAACCAGCCCCGGGGCCAUGUCCGUGGGCUCCAGCUAUGAGAACACCUCUCCAGCCUUCUCUCCACUCUCCUCACCAGCCAGCAGUGGGAGCUGUGCUAGCCACUCACCCAGUGGGCAGGAGCCAGCACCUUCCAUGCCCCCACUGGUGCCAGCUCGCUCCUCUAGCUACCAUUUGGCCCUGCAGCCCCCACAGUCACGACCGAGCGGUGCUCGCUCCUCUGAGAGCCCGCGGCUGGGCAGGAAGGGGGGUCACGAGAGGCCCCCUAGCCCUGGCCUCCGAGGUCUGCUGACAGACAGCCCAGCCGCCACUGUCUUGGCGGAGGCCCGCAGAGCCACCGAGAGCCCCCGGCCGGGCGGGCAGCUGCCUGUGGUGGCGAUCAGCCUGAGUGAUUACCCGGCUUCCAGCGCCCGCAGCCAGCCCACCAGCAGCAUUCCUGGCAGCCCCAAGUUCCAGCCUCCAAUCCCUGCUCCCCGAAACAAGAUGGGCACGCUCCAGGACCGCCCUCCUAGCCCUUUCCGAGAGCUGCCCGGCACUGAACGCGUGUUGACGACCAGCCCCUCACGGCAGCUGGUGGGUCGAACGUUUUCGGAUGGGUCGGCCACCCGCACCCUGCAGCCUCCCGAGAGUCCCCGCCUGGGCCGGCGGGGCCUGGACAGUAUGAGAGAACUGCCUCCCUUGAGCCCAUCUCUGUCCCGAAGGGCUCUCUCCCCGAUGCCUGCUCGGACCACCCCAGAUCCCAAGCUAACCAGGGAAGUGGCAGAGAGUCCCCGGCCCCGGCGCUGGGCAGCCCAUGGGGCUUCCCCAGAAGACUUCUCGUUGACGCUGGGGGCGCGGGGCCGCCGGACACGGAGCCCCUCACCCACACUUGGGGAGUCCCUGGCACCCCGCAAGGGCAGCUUCAGUGGCAGGCUGAGCCCGGCUUAUAGUCUGGGCUCUUUGACUGGGGCUUCGCCCCGUCAGAGCCCCCGUGCCCAGAGGAAGCUCUCCAGCGGGGACUUGCGGGUACCUGUCACUCGGGAGCGAAAAAAUAGCAUCACAGAGAUCAGUGACAAUGAGGAUGACCUCCUGGAGUACCACCGGCGGCAGCGCCAAGAGCGGCUUCGGGAGCAGGAGAUGGAGAGGCUGGAACGCCAGCGCCUGGAGACUAUCCUGAACCUGUGUGCCGAGUACAGCCGGGCUGACGGGGGACCUGAGGCCGGGGAGCUGCCCAGCAUUGGCGAGGCCGCAGCGGCCUUGGCGCUGGCAGGCCGGAGGCCCUCACGAGGCCUUGCAGGGGCCACUGGGACCUCUGGGCGGAGCACUGAGGAGCCUGGAGGGGCCACCCAACGCCUGUGGGAGAGUGUGGAGCGCUCGGAUGAGGAGAAUCUCAAGGAGGAGUGCAGUAGCACUGAGAGCACCCAGCAGGAGCACGAAGAUGCACCCAGCGCCAAGCUCCAGGGAGAGGUGCUGGCCCUGGAAGAGGAGCGGACUCAGAUGCUGGGGCGAGUGGAGCAGCUCAAAGUCCGUGUGAAGGAGCUGGAGCAGCAGCUGCAGGAGUCAGCCCGAGAGGCUGAAAUGGAGCGGGCGCUGCUGCAGGGGGAGAGGGAGGCAGAGCGGGCACUUCUGCAGAAGGAACAGAAGGCGGUGGACCAGCUGCAGGAGAAGCUGGUGACCUUGGAGACGGGCAUCCAAAAGGAGAGGGACAAGGAGAGGGCGGAGCUGGCCGCGGGACGGAGGCACCUGGAGGCCCGCCAGGCGCUCUACGCCGAGCUCCAGACGCAGCUCGAUAACUGCCCCGAGUCAGUGCGGGAACAGUUACAGGAGCAGCUGAGAAGGGAGGCAGAGGCCUUGGAGACUGAGACCAAGCUCUUUGAAGACUUGGAGUUCCAGCAGCUGGAGCGAGAGAGCCGGGCGGAGGAGGAGCGCGAGCUGGCGGGCCAGGGGCUGCUCCGGAGCAAGGCCGAGCUGCUCCGCAGCAUCGCCAAGAGGAAGGAGCGCCUGGCAGUCCUAGACAGUCAGGCUGGGCAGAUCCGGUCCCAGGCUGUGCAAGAGUCUGAACGCCUAGCCCGGGAAAAGAAUGCCUCCCUGCAGCUGCUGCAGAAGGAGAAGGAGAAACUGACUUUGUUGGAAAGAAGAUACCACUCACUCACAGGGGGCAGGCCUUUCCCGAAGACCACAUCGACCCUCAAAGAGUACGUGACGCUUGAGCAGCUAAAGGCGAUGUGGGGCACCUUGCCCGUGCCCACAGCCCCUGCGCCAGGCCUGCCUUCCUGGGCCUCUGCCUCCCGGGACCUGGUUCCCACCACCUGCCUUCCUCCCGUGCUGCCCUCUUCCUCCUCCUUCGCUUCUGUCACGCCUUCACCCCAGAUGGAGAAGCUGCUGCUCCCUGCUGUAGACUUAGAGCAGUGGUACCAGGAGCUGAUGGCCGGGCUGGGGACCAGCCCCACUGCAGCCUCCCCUCGCUCCUCUCCCCCACCUCUGCCUGCCAAAGCUUCCCGUCAGCUGCAGGUUUACCGCUCCAAGAUGGAUGGUGAGGCCACCAGCCCCCUGCCCCGGACCCGCAGUGGCCCCCUCCCCUCUUCCUCUGGCUCCUCCUCCUCCUCCUCCCAGCUCAGUGUGGCUACCUUGGGCCGUAGCCCCUCCCCAAAGAAUGCUCUACUCACCCAGAAUGGCACAAGCAGCCUCCCUCGCAACCUGGCAGCCACGCUGCAGGACAUUGAGACCAAGCGCCACCUGGCCCUGCAGCAGAAGGUCGAGUCGCUUCCUGCCGAGCCCCUCCCAACCGACGACCCAGCAGGGCAGCAGGUGAUCGAGGAGCAGCGACGGCGGCUGGCUGAGCUGAAGCAGAAGGCGGCGGUUGAGGCGCAGUGCCAGUGGGACGCCCUGCACGGGGCGGCGCCCUUCCCGGCUGGCCCCUCUGGUUUCCCACCGCUCAUGCACCAUUCCAUCCUGCAUCAUCUGCCGGCCUCGCGGGAGCGUGGGGAGGAGGGUGAGCAUGCCUAUGACACACUGAGCCUGGAGAGCUCGGACAGCAUGGAGACCAGCAUCUCUACCGGGGGCAACUCGGCCUGCUCCCCCGACAACAUGUCCAGUGCCAGCGGCCUGGACAUGGGGAAGAUUGAGGAAAUGGAGAAGAUGCUGAAAGAAGCCCAUGCGGAGAAGAGCCGGCUCAUGGAGUCAAGGGAGCGGGAGAUGGAGCUGAGGCGCCAGGCCCUGGAGGAGGAGCGGAGGAGGCGGGAGCAGGUGGAGCGGAGGCUGCAGAGCGAGAGUGCCCGGAGACAGCAGCUGGUGGAGAAGGAGGUCAAGAUGCGGGAGAAACAGUUCUCCCAGGCACGACCCCUGACCCGCUACCUGCCAAUCCGAAAGGAAGACUUUGACCUGAAGACCCACAUCGAGUCGUCAGGCCAUGGUGUGGACACCUGCCUGCACGUGGUGCUCAGCAGCAAGGUCUGCCGUGGCUACUUGGUCAAGAUGGGCGGCAAGAUUAAAUCAUGGAAGAAACGCUGGUUUGUCUUCGAUCGUCUCAAACGUACCCUUUCCUAUUAUGUGGACAAGCAUGAGACGAAGCUGAAGGGGGUCAUCUACUUCCAGGCCAUCGAGGAAGUGUACUAUGACCACCUGCGCAGUGCGGCCAAGAAGAGGUUUUUCAGCUUCACUAUGGUGACUGAGAGCCCGAACCCGGCCCUCACCUUCUGUGUGAAGACCCAUGACCGGCUGUACUACAUGGUGGCCCCAUCUGCAGAGGCCAUGCGCAUCUGGAUGGACGUCAUUGUCACCGGGGCUGAGGGCUACACUCAGUUCAUGAACUGACCGGAAUGGGCCUCCUGGACCCUUGGGCCAGCCGCAGGACCCAUGCCCAACUGUCUGCUGCUCUGCUCGCCCCUAGAGACAGGUCACACCCUGGGCCCCAGGCCUCACAGAAGUGCUCCCAGAUGCCCUGGAGGGCGGAGCGUGACUGGGGCUUUUGUACAAGAAGACUCUGUAAUGUUCUAUAAGGAGCUCGUCCUGUGAGGCUCUGGGCCCCGGCCCCCUAAAGAACCAGCCAGGAGACAAAAGCUGGGGAGGGGACUUUGCUGCCUCCUGGGGGCCCAGAACUUGCAAUAACCCUCAGGGUCCUGCCUGGGGCCCAGCCAGGCUGAGGAGCUGUCACAGAGGGGCCCCUCCACUCUGACCUGGCACCUGCACUCCCCAGCUUGUGUUCUCUUUUGUAAAGGACAAAUUAUGGUACCAGAAUCUGCCAAAGAUCCCCUCUUGCCUCAGCCCCCUUUGCAAGGGCCUUGGGGGCUGAGCAGAGCCACAUCCAGAGUGGGGUAACAGCUCAGGCGGUGUACUUCUCAAACCCCGCUCUUUCCCACUGUUGUCCUGUGUUUAUAUUUUUUUUUAUUACUUUACUCAAGGGCCAGAGACCUCAGAUAUCAUCCUUGAGGUCCCCAAGCCCUAUCCCCUUUACACAGACCCAUCACCAUGGUCACCAUAGUGACUGCUUCAUCGCCAUGGUUACACACUUAUUGCUGUGGCUCCGUGGCUCAGCCCACAGCUUCAGCUGUGGCCCACCUGAGGGUACGUGCCAUCAUUUCUCCAGCCCAGGCCCUUGGGCAUCUCCUGCUGGGGGGAAGGACUGAACACCUCCCUGCCCCCGCCUGUGUCUCCAGGCCCUGAUACACAGCCUGCGGCCCCCCAGUCUAGCCCUCUCCCCUCCACUCGUGCCUUGCUUUAGAGCCAGAAGGGACGAAGCCUGGAACUGGAGACCAGAGGAGGAGCCAUUGGAUGGGAGAGGUAGCGAGAAGGGCCAUCCCUGGGGUUCUGUACAGGGCUGAGUUUCGGACGGACAGAGGACUGUUCAGAUGCUCCCUGAAGGAAGUCCUGAGCAGGAGAGGAAGUAGCAGGGGGAGCCCCUGAGGUCCAGUCGCCCUCCCUGCAGCUUCGGAAGGUGAUGAAAAUGGAGGGCAGAGGACCAGGCCUCCAGCUGUCUGGGCUCAGCCCUUCACGCCUUAACACUAAGCCCACCUCCCUGUCCCCUUCCCAGCUCUGGGCCAUGGUUGCUGGACCUGGGCUGGGUGAUUUUCAGUAUUUGUAAGCAUCUCAGCAGAACAAUAAAGCAUUUGGACUAUG